UUAUUUAUGUUUUCCAUCAGGAAACAAAGACACGAAAGACAGAAAAAACCACUUAAAUUCCAAUCUUAUAAAAAUCCUGAAUAUUAGAUAGCCAGAUAAUAAUGAAAGCUUUAAUAAAAAGCCUUGUUUGAGGUUAUCAGGAAUCGACAUGAGCAUGGAGCCAGGCAAAAUGCGUUACUUGGAUACAUUGACAGAUGGUUUGGAUAAUUUACUAUCAACUGGACAGCAUUCUGAUAUAGAGGUGAUUGUUGAUGAUCGGUCAUUCCAUUGUCAUAAGGUCAUUCUUAGUGCAAUGUCGCCAUACUUUGAAGCAAUGUUUUCCCAUGACAUGAGAGAAAAUCGUGAUGGAGUAGUCAAACUAUAUGAUAUUGAGGCAGAAAUAUUUGAAAAAAUAUUGCAGUUCCUGUAUACUGGCAAAGAUGUUGUUUCAGAAGAAAAUGCUGAGAUGAUAUUCCGAGCUGCAUCUCUGAUGCAGAUUCCAUGUUUACAAGCUACUUGUGCAGACUUCCUACUAACGCAAGUCUCGCCAGAUAACUGUAUCGGCAUAUGGAAAAUAGCUCAAUCUCACAAUUGUGAAAAACUAAAACAAACAUCAUUCAUGUUUAUUUUAGAAAACUUUCAAGUAAUAUCGACAACCGAAGAUUUUCUAAAUUUAGAUCUGGAUGAACUAGUUGGAAUAAUUAAAUCAGAUCUUUUGAUCACUCAUUCAGAAGAACUUGUAUGUGAUAUUGCUUUGGAGUGGAUCAACCAUGAUAAAGAAUCUCGUCAAAAUUCCGCUGGAAAAAUUCUAGAAGUUCUUAGACUUCCCCUAUUAUCAGCUAGCUAUCUGUGCCAUACUUUUGAGAGUAAUGAUUACUUGCAAAAUGAUCCUGAGUGUAAAACUGUGAUACAGGAAGCCAUGAAGUACCAUACAUGCCCUACUAAACGUCAAGAUUUUACCUCCCAUAGAUCAACACAUAGAUACAAUAGUAAAACCAAUGAUUGUAUUAUUAUUAUUGGUGGAUUGCUGUCCACUACACCAAGGUACCAAACAACAAAGGAGGUAUUAUGUUACAGUUUUCAGCAGGAGAAAUGGUUUAACCUCCCAUCCCUGCCUUAUGAUCCAGGUUAUGAGUUUGCUACAUGUACAUAUGGUAGCAGUAUAUUUGUAUCUGGUGGAUGGCUGAAACUCCAAGGACUAGCAGAGUAUAAAACCCAUAAGAACAAAUGGAAAGUAUGUCCUCAGAUGACCAAUGGUAGAUGUGGUCAUGUAAUGGUGUCAGUAAACAACUCCAUCUUUGUUCUGGGGGGACGGGAUGGGGUCAUACCUGCCAUGACAAACAUAGAGGAAUAUAACCUGCUGACAAACAAGUGGACAACAGUAGGUGAUCUCCCCUUAGGUGUUAGGUCAACGUCUGCAGCAGCCAUUGGAGAAAAGAUUUAUGUUUUUGGAGGAAUUAUAGAGUCAGACAAAGACACAAUGUCUGUGCAAUGUUUUGACACACGACACCAUACUGUGACAGUUUGUGGAGAUUUGCCAUUUUCUUGCAGAUUGACCAGAACUUUUGCAUUGGACACUGCAGUUUAUGUCAUGGCUCCCGAUGGGAGAGUGAUACAGUUUUGUGAUUCGUCAUUGAACAUUAUCACCAAGUUUCAGGCAAGAAGAUUAAGGACAAGUUCAAGUGGAUCUGACAGCAAUGUCAUUGAACCACCCAAUGCACCCACCACUUGUCAUGGGAAACUUGUUUGUAAGUUACCAAACUUUAGUCAGCAUCAUUUUGAAGUUGUGCAGUAUCGUGGCCACAUCUUACUCGUAGGUGGCAAGACUCCAGACAAUACAAUACUCAAAAAUAUCAUGGUUGCCGAUAUUCAUGACAAAGGGGAUGCCAAUGACCUGUUCAAUGACCUUGAAAUGCCCUCUGCACGUUGGUGUUUUGGAUGUAUAAGGGCUGUUAUAAACAAGGAUUUUCUCAACAAUGAGCUUUAUGUUUGAAAUUUACUUAGAGACUUUGAUAUUGUUUUUGUUUCCAUAUUUUGUCCCCAAAUAUCUUCUCUGCUUUUAGAUUUUGUCAUUGUGAUAGCAUUAAAAAUGACUAUUGCUGGUUCUGUCAUAUUAAAAGAAAACAACAACUUUGCAUAUGCAUUGAUUUUUGUCAAAUCAGC